CGGUCACCUGUCGUUCACUCCGCACCUUGUCACGCGCCGCACUCUGCAGAGCUGCCGCUUCCUUAUCCUCCUGCACGCUCACUCCUCGCCAACCUUCGCAACCACAAGGUGCAUCAUCUGCCGCGAGCUUCCUCCGCGACCAACGCAAACAAACACAAUAAAGGCGAUGGGUGUGAACGGCGUCAAGUGCUGGGUGGCCCUGGUGUGCUGCUGCCUCCUGCUGUGCCAACUCACCACCGCCGCCCCAGCAGACUACGACACUCUGAAUGACAUGUACGACUUGCUGGCGGUGCACGAGGUGGAACGCCGCGCCCCUCCCUCCAUGAGACUACGGUUCGGCAAGCGGGACAUGGGCUGGCAGGUGUCUCAGAGGUCCAUGCCAACCCUCAGGCUCCGCUUCGGCAAGAGGAACGUUGACGAGGCUGACCCCAUCCUCGACCACCACGACCUCAUCCGCAAAGACGCCCGCACGCCAGCCCUCAGACUCCGGUUCGGCAAACGUGGCGCGUCCUUUGGAGAGGAGGACAUGGCCAGCCAGGAGCAGUAAGGGAGGUGUGGUAAAGGCUGCGUGGCGCACUCGGCGUGCUGACGGCUGCAUCCUGAGGCUGCCGGUAUGCUGAGGACAGUGUGCUGACUGCUGCUGCGCUAUGGACUCUAACCACCUCCAAACCUUUCACUCUCCCUCUCUCGUUUCAUUCUUUUCUUAUCUCUCCCUCUUUUCUUCCUUUCUCAUGUCUGGUGAUUUUAAAGUAAAAGUUACUAUUCUCUGAUCAAGUUUAUCAAGACAUAAUAAAAGACUAGUGUGAAGACAAACCUCUACGUAUGCAUAUGAUGUGUUAUAGCUGACGUGCAGAGCAGCAGCAGCAUCAAGGUGAGGCAGCAGAGGGCGUCACCAGCCAGCCUCGGGACGGUUGUUGUUCUCCAAGGACGAGGCCGAGCCAACACGGACUUGAGGCCUCGGAGGUGGAUCUCAGCUUACUUACUGAAAGCUGGAUGCACCGCCCUUCCCUCCUGAUAGUGAACCUUCCUUCAGUGUAUAAAAUAUUUUGUGAAACUAAAUUACCCAGGAUGUCACUGACGCUCGCAAAUGUUAAUCUAUCAUGUCACUCCCAGCACCUCUUAGUUUCGAUAUCUUGCAAGUGUAACCAGUACUUGGAGGGGAGCUGCAGCCCCUCCCUUCCUGCCUCCCUCCCUCCUUCCUGGCGAGGUCUAACGAGUGGCACGGUGACUCUGAUUUAAUGUUUUGGUCAGUAAGUUAGGCAAACAUUUCCCUGUCUUGUCUCCAAGGGGCCAGUGUGAGCUGCCCAGUGUUACAAGUGUUACAAGUAGUCAGCACGUAGCGGCAGUGGAAGCCAAAGUCCGGCCGUGGCUCCCUCGUCUGAGGAGUCUCGUCUGCGCCACCAUACUUAUGUACAUGUAUAAAUUGGCUUCGUAUCUUUAUGUAAGGCUGGUACCUGGCCAUUUUAAUGACCUAUCAUUAGAUUAACUUAGGCCAAAGGGUAAAUAAAUAUUUUAUUUUGAUUUGA